UUAUUUACUUUAAUGUCUUAAUAAAAUCUGUGAAAAGUAUUUUUUUCAUGAUUUCUAGUGAAAUAAACAUCUAUAAACGCAACAUUUUCCAUACAUAAAAAGAAAAAUUACUAUUCAACUGAGCUGCGAUGGCCGGGAUUUCGAUGCAAGAUAUCGAAGCAGUAGACGACUACUGGGGACCCACUUUUCGUACUAUCCUCGAAGGAAACAGCCACGACCAAGUUUCCGAGCAGCUUGAAUCCAGAAUUAGGUCUCAUGACAAGGACAUUGAACGAAUUUGUAAUCUGUACUAUCAAGGAUUCAUCGAUUCGAUAAGAGAGCUAUUGUUGGUGAAAUCACAGGCGCAAGGUUUAAAUCAGGAAGUGCAAACAUUGGAUGAUGCACUUACGAAAGCGUCGGCCGGCGUUAUUGCCAAAGGAAAUGAUCUGGUCGAAGCACGCAAGGUGGAAGGGAACAUUGCUGGUGCUAUUGAAGGUCUAUCGAGCUGUCUACCAGUUCUGGAAUGCUACUCAAAACUACUGAGACAGGUUAAGGAAAAGCGCUACUAUCCGGCUUUGAAAACCUUGGAAUUGUUGGAGAACGAAUAUCUGCCGAAAGUUUCGGGCUACAGAUUUUCGCAGCAGAUGAGAGAAACAAUACCGAAGUUGAAGGAGAAUAUAAAAAAAUCGUCCGAGGAAGAUUUUCGAGAGUUUUUGGAAAAUAUAAGAAAGUUUUCACCUAGGAUUGGAGAGAUUGCUAUGAAACAUACCAAGGAACUACAGAAAAGAGAUUUGGACACUAUAAUUGCCGAGUACAAACAGAUGUCUAUGAAUGGGGAUUGCGUUGACGACGACGAGGAUGUAAACGCUCAGGAUCUGAUAGAUUUUUCUCCCAUUUAUCGAUGCUUACAUAUUUAUACGGUGCUCAACGACAAAGAAUACUUUGAAAAGGAUUAUCGCAAACAAAGGAGAGAUCAGGCGAAACUAGUUUUGCAAGCCCCCCAAACGAUGCAUGAUAAUCUGGAAGCUUACAAGACAUACAUUUAUUCUAUCGUUGGGUUUUUCGUAGUUGAAGAUCAUGUGAUGAACACCGGUGGAGAAAUAGUCACUCAAACGUAUUUGGAUGACUUGUGGUCUUCGUCUUUGACGCGUGCCGUCAAUGUACUCAGUAUGUCCUCUUCGUCCUGUACCGAUCCAAAUAUUUUACUUCGCAUAAAAAAUUUAAUUAUGCUUAGCAUCACAACUCUUAAGAACUACGGUUACACCGUUUCCCAGUUGUGGGACCUUUUGCUCGAGAUGCGUGAUCAUUACAAUGAAGUGCUGCUACAAAGAUGGGUAAACGAGUUCCGUGACAUUCUCGACAAAAGCGAUUUUCUUCCGCUGGAAGCCCAUACUCAGGAAGAGUAUGAUGCUGUGUUGGAACGCUUUCCUUUUCAUUCGGAGCAGUUGGAAGCUCAGCCGUUCCCGAAAAAGUUUCCCUUUUCGCGAAUGGUUCCGGAAGUAUACCACCAGGCAAUGGAAUUCAUGUAUGCCUGCAUGAAGUUCUCCGAAGAACUCACUCUUUCACCGAACGAGAUAGCCGCGAUGGUGCGAAAAGCGGCAAAUUUGCUUUUAACUCGCAGUUUCAGUGGAUGUCUUUCGGCAGUAUUCCGAAGUCCCAGCCUAGCAUUGAUGCAGGUUAUUCAAAUCAUAAUUGACACGCAGUAUCUCGAAAAAGCUGGACCAUUUCUGGAUAGUUUUGUUUGUAAAAUGACUGGCACAAGCCAAAGUUUGACGCAGACUCCAUCUGCAAUGUUUCAGGUUGCCCGUUCGGAAGCCGAACAACAAGUAUCCACAAAACUGUGCUGCAAACUGGAUGAAUUUUUCGAAGAAUUGGAAGGUUACGAUUGGUUGCUACCGGAAAGCUAUGGCCACGCGUCACCGUUCGUAACGGAUAUGAUUGCAUUUUUGCAGAGUACAUUCCAAAGUUUCUCCUACAUCCUACCGGGCGUUGCGCAGGCCGCUUGCCGGAAAGCCUGCGAACAUGUGGCCACCCGCAUCUAUAAGUUGAUCCUAUCCGAUGAAAUCAAACAGAUUUCCGGUGGGGCAUUGGAUCAAAUCAAUUUGGAUCUGAUGCAAUUUGAACUGUUUGCCGCUUCGGAUCCGGUGCCAGGUCUAAGAGAAGGUGAUUUGUCCAAGUAUUUUGCAGAAAUUCGUCAGCUAUUGGAUCUACUGAUCUCGGAGGAUUGGAGCGCAUAUUUGCACGAUUUCGGAAAGGAUGAAAACCGAUACUCACUGGUACAGCCGUCCACGAUCAUCGUCGUGCUAGAAAAGCUUCGCGAGGCAGAUAAAAAAUCGAUGCUCUCGCUAAUGAAGUCCAAAUCGGAAAGAGACAAGAAGAAACUAUUAGAAACUGUACUUCGUCAGUUGAAACAGUUGGCGGAAAGACAGAACUAAUCUCAUCAAGUAUAUAUUUAUUUGUUUAAUUGUUAACAUAAUUCAUCGGACAAAUAAUAGUUUUAAU